AAAACCAAAUACGUGUGUGUUUUGUAUAAUUGUUGGAUCGUCAGGCAAAUAAUUGAGACAUUUUUAAUCGUUGGAGAAAAAUUUACUUCAUUUUCGAAGUAUGUACUUUAUAUAGGAGAAGGCGAUACGGAUGUUCGAUCUAUGGCUGAUUGUUUUUAAUUUUGAAGAGCACUUAUUAUAUCUUGCUGUUUACCAAAAGUAUAUAACAAGAGUUUUAUCAAUCUUUUUUCACACGAUACAAGACUCUAGACAUCGGGUGUGGGAAUAAUCAGUUAUUUUGUGGCUAAAAAUAUUGAUCACAUACAAUUCAACUAUCAAUUAGCUAUUAAACUCGUAGAGAAAUUAAUGAAAUGCGUUCUGCAAUUGCAUUCGUAAAUAAAACAAUGGAUCUUGCAAUACAAACUAUUGAAUUAUCUCUAGCCUUACAUCAGUAAACUUCAGCGUGGAUUAACUGACUUUGGUAUUAAGCUGGUUUUCUACUGAAAAAAACCCCAACAUGUUAACAAUUUUGUACUGUGCUUUGCUGUUGUCGGCAUGUAUAUCCUGUCUCUCGGCGAACAUUGACGUGCGUCAGUGUCCCUCUAGAUGCCAGCGAGCAGAGGGGAUAUGUAUUGCAAUUGAACCUUCCAAAGGUUACACUUUUACAGAAGCUCAAAGCGCAUGCGCUAGCAAGGGAAAUGAGGCACAUCUUUUGAAAAUAGGAAACGAGAGUGUAUUCAACUAUUUGAAAAAUAAUGUAGUAAAUAACGGUAAUGAUGUAUGGCUUGGGGCGGUACUGAAAAAUGGCGGGUUUGAAUGGCUCGACUCUACGAAGUGCUGUAGCCCAUACUGGCUGCCGGGCGAACCAAAUAAUAAUGGAGGCGCACCGAACUGUGUUAACAUAUAUAGGCCUGGCAACAUUGCAUGCCUAAAUGACGAUCACUGUACUGAGAGAAAAGGGUUCGUGUGUGAAAUAAAAGAAUGCAAAGUUAUUUCGAAUUGUGAAACACCACAUUGUACAUGGUAUGGUGACACUAAGUGCUCGAAAUGCUAUGAUGACAACAUAUUUUUCAAGAAAACAACAAAUGACACUCUAUGUGAACGGCUUUGUGAUCAUGUCAGUCAUUUGUGUUGGCCUGGAACAUGCGGAUCUGAAUUGAAAAAGAACUGUGUAUGUGCACCACAGUUUGACCUUAACACGAAUGUUACAUCAACUCUUUGUCAAUUGAACGAGAACCAAACUGCAACCAUCGAAACAUGCGCUACCACAGUUUACAGUGAGAGAGGCGAUGCAUUUCAAUCGAGAGGCAACCCAUCUUCUACGGAGUGCAAAUUUAGAGGAAACUUCUUUGGAAACAUUCAACCACAACGUAUUGUGUAUACAUUUGUAGCAUCGUUCAAAGUCAAUUUAACCGCGUUUGGCACAAUUCCUUCUUACAUACAGGCGACUCGCUUUGGAAUCACUGAUGCGACUCUUACCAUCAUAAAAAAGGACCUGCGCGGUUCGGAAACAACACUUCUUGCCGAACACAUUUUAAUUGACAACAACCAGAGUCAAAAUGCAAAGGAAUUAUUCACAAAGAACGAUACCAUCUCCAUCCCAAACACCACGUUGGUGGACGGACAUAUGUUGUGCGUCGUUUACGAAGCAAACAGUGGUGGAUACCUCAAGAGCAAAAAUGUGUUCACUUCUCAGCAUGUUAUUAGCGCAGCAAAACCUUACAUGAAAAGAACUUCUUUAAAACGCAUUUGUUACAAAUACGAUGCCGGCAAAUCUAAACAUUGUGCAGAGUUCAUGAAUUGUAGUAUGGAACCAUUGCAGCUAGCAGAGAGAAUUACAAAGAAUCCACUUAUAAAAGUAUCAUUUAAUUGCUGGACAGAUCCUUUCCCAAGUGGAGGAAAUCAAACCCAUGCCUCUGGAAUAGAAUCCUUUGAAGUAUAUGUUCAUGAGGUCGUUCCACCGAACGGCACACUUAGUUCAAUUGUUUUUAGUAAGAAAGUUAACCAUGCCGAAUCGUCUAUAAGUCUUAACCUUAAAUCAGAUAUACCAAAAUUGUACAGCAUAACAUUGGAAACAAAAGACUUUGCAAAUAAUGUCCAACGUGCCAGAAGAUUUGUGUUGUAUGACAAUUACUCGUCCUUAAACACAUCCUACGAGAAUUUGUUCCGAAUUACCAGCGCUUCGAGUGCUGAACCUUAUGCGUGGCAAAAUCAUCACAGCGAUGUGUGUUUGGACUGGAAAGGUUACUUUUACAAUACAUUUUUUCGGGACAACGAACUUCUAAACCCAAUACAACCAGAUCAUUCCAUUAAAGUUGACAGUAUUUAUGAAAAAAACGAAGGCGUUUUGCCUGUUGAUGGUACGCUUAAUAUCGCAGGAAUUUUGGGAUUUGUGUUUCAUUGGACUCGGCACAGAGAGUUUCAUGAAAAAACCACUGGUUCAGAUAUUGUUACACAUUUUGAAAACCAACAGUUUUGUAAAGCAUUGGACAUGGAAGAUGGCGAUACAUUUCACAUACAGAUUGAGGCUUUGGACAUAGCUAAUAACAAGCUAGGUAGUAACAGGACAUUAUUUAUUGACAGGACCGCUCCUCAAAUUGUAAAUAUCAAUCUCCUAAAAAACGGAGUAACGAAACUUUUUGUCCACGAUUCAACGGAUCUUGCAGGGAUGAUUUUGUAUGUUAAAACCUAUGAUUCACACAGUGGAAUCAGAAAUGUGAAAUGGUCAUUUGGCAAAAGCGACACAGGAGAAGAGUUAGGAAACGGCACGCUAGGUGCCAAAUAUGUAAAUGAGAGUUAUUCCUGCACAUCAGGGGUUGAUGCAUGUUAUUGUCCGAUGAUUGGUAAAUGUGAACAUUUCAUCUACACAGUUGACUUGAAUAAACUGCACACUUUUGGAACCCACAUGGGUAAUCACAAUCGUAACUACUAUUUCACGUUGACGGCAACUAACAACGCCGGGCUUUUAAACACGGAGAGCAUUGACAUACUAGUUGAUGAUUCACCGCCAGAACCAGGGGUUGUAUUUGAAGGACCAGUGGAUGGCAAUGAUAUUGACUACACCAGUGAAAAUAGUUUCAUCGUGCAUUGGUUUGGCUUUAUUGACCACGAAAGUGACAUAAAGAUGUAUCGUAUUGCAAUUUCAAAUUCAUGCCUUACAGCAGAUGAUCUAGAAAGUCCACAUCUAGAUAUCAUUUUACAGUACAAAGAAAUUCUUUCAACGGAACAGUCAGUAGUUAUGAAUAACAAUCAUACAGGAAAAGUUUUUACUACUAUCGUAGCCUACAAUAAUGCAAUGGAACCAUCAAAAGCGGUUUGCUCUGACGGCAUAACCAGAGAUAGGACACCACCUCAAAUAAAAAAUAUCCGCGUGAAAAAUUCAAAAUGGCGUGAGACGUUGUUUUGUAAUGGGACGAAAUUAUUUUUUCUCACAUCAAACAUGGAAAAAGUUCAAUUGUUAGUUAAUGAUUCUGAUUUUCACCGAUCUUGUUCCCGAACAAAUCAAUCGCCAGCAUAUUCCAGCGCCAUCAAACAAAUGAUUGGGUCACUUCCUUCCAAGAUUAUGAAAAAUGAUGGUGCUAUGUCUGAAUUUAUUUUGGAACACAUUCCACUGUACAACCCGGAAGAAUUUGCAUUUAUGCCUAAUGACCAAAUCCAUAUUGACUGGGAAAUGGAGGAUGACAAAUCACAAAUAAAUGACUUUUAUGUUGGAAUAGCCCGCUAUGAAAAUCUUUUACCAUCCGUUCCGACGUUUAUAGAUUAUCAACCAACUCACAGAAAUACUUAUUUUUCAUUUCACCACGCAGGAGUUGGGUCUAUGAACCAUUUUAUUUACUGCUGAAAUGUGUGAA